GCAAAUGCUAAAAAACAUGGACCAAAAAUAUUAAACGCUACGGAUAGAAAACAAGGAACACGUAAGGAAGUCCUCUGGAGUCUGGACUGUAGAUGGCUUCCACAUCUCUGCCCCUCAUCAAUGGAGGCAUCAUUUUCUCCUCUCAAUACUCAUCCCUUUCCAAACACCAUCACUCCGCAACUCCCCUCAAGCGGGGAUUGAGAAGAGACCAAGACACAAGCAUGGUCAUUAACAGAACCAGAGGACAAGCAUUUCAAAUCUUGGCUAAUCCCAAUGUGUCUUCAGGGAAACGAGGCUCGGUUAAUGAAGUGAUCAUGGUUGAUCCUUUGGAAGCCAAGCGGUUGGCUGCCAAACAAAUGCAAGAAAUUAAAGCAAAACAGAAAUUCAAGAGGAGAUGUCAAAUUGAAGCAAUUAACGGAGCUUGGGCAAUGAUUGGUCUUACAGCAGGUCUGGUAAUUGAAGGUCAGACUGGAAAAAGUAUUUUGGCUCAGUUGGCAGGAUACUGGAGCAUUGUUGUCAGUCUUUUUGUGCAGUAAUUGUAAAGUUUGAGAAAUUGCAGAUUUUUUCUCAGAUAAUUCUUCAAAACUGAUGCUGUGAGCCUGUGAGUUCUUUCCAAAAAUGUUGCUUCUGUCCACAAUUCUUAUACCAUUUUAAUAGUGAGUUGUAUAAAUAUUAUAUGGUGGUUGUAUGCAUACCAUUUCUCUUGAAAAAUGAUAGAAUUACAAUUGUUUUUUUAAUUC